AUGCCUGGAGAGAGAACAGGCUGCGUGGGGGGAGACGAUCGAUAUUAUUAUAUGUCCACGACGAUACGGACGAACAACGCUUCUUUUCAUCCAUCCGCGCCGGGAUCCAGGACCAAGCUCUUCCACUGCCAGACAGACGGACGGAGGCAGAAAACGGGUGGCUCGGCAGGAAACGCCGAGUUGAUGAGAAAUCCGCCCGGCGACUGGAAUGGCGGCUUCUGUGGUAAAAUUACGCGAUUGGCGGUGAGCGGAGGCCAGCUGGUGGAGACUUCCGAAAACCUUGACGACAGCCUUAUGGUAAACUAUGUACAGGCUCUUGGUCGUGAAAAGACCGGGGCAUAUGACCCUGCUGGUCGGACUGGCAUUGCUGGAGACGCCGACUGCCCGGUGCCCAAACGAGUUUCCUGGAUCACGGGAGUCGAAACCAGAAGCUUGAACGAGCCUCCGGGUCUCCGUGCAGCCCGACAGCUGGUUGUGUGGUCCAGACCUUACCGUUUUGGUGCUGUUUAUCCGUCUUGGCGUCGUGUAAUCUCCAUCGGAAUUACCAAGCUCGUGCCGGUUUUGGCGAGCAAUUAUGACAUCUCCGCGGUGACAAAUCAGUUGCGGCUCGCGCCUUGA